GGUUAAUCAAUUACUACUUCCUUCUACUUAUAUAAUCACGGGGUGGCUAGUGCAUAGCAACCGUCUUCUUCUACACUAAUGUUUGCGUUACUACUGCUAUUAUUCUCGAUUGCUCUUAUAGUCGAUGGUGGAGCGGUAGGAGAAUGCCGCACAGAGUGCGUUGAACAGAAUCGCUAUAAAAUAGUCCGAGUUCAUCUAAAGGAUGAUCUGGUCAUGGUUGGGAUCUGCCGAAACACUACGAUGUCAGACGAUGGAUACAAGUCUAUCGUAGUUCCAAUGAUCUGCAAUCGCGACCAUGGUAUAUGGACCAUAGAUACUGAGGAUGAAGAAGGCGUGGCUCGCUUCAACGUACGAUGUCCACCAAACGAUCCUGUGAAGCCUGUCAAACUUAUCACCUGCCCGAAAUCCUUUUGAUCUGAUUUUUAGUUAAUCGAUAUUGCCUCUUACUGGAUUUUUGCUACUUGUUGAU